GGAGACACAAGCACUCCGAUUGCCUGCCUCUGCUUUGGAAUAUUAGGCAGCCAGUGCUCUUGGCUGGGAGCCCAGACAGGGCUUUUGUAAUCAAAACAUGAUCCUGUAUGCUGUGCAACCAGCACUGAGAAAGGCCGACUGAUGGCUCUCCUCUUGUAGCUCUGCUGUGGAAUCCGCCGAGCUUCACCACUGAUGUCCAAAAUGCACCGAUCUGAUGCCACUGCAGAAGAUCUGGUGUUGCGGAAGAAAGAGGAGAAGGAUGUUGAACUAGAUAAGAAAAUCAUAGCUUUGCGGAAAAAGAACGAAGCACUUAUGAGAAGAUACCAAGAGAUAGAAGAGGACAGAAAGCGAGCAGAACAGGAGGGAAUGGCUGUCACCUCAAGGAGACCCAGGGCAGAUGGCCUCACCAUCACUAUUACCAAAGCUCAUAAUGAGAAAAGAGUAGUGAGUGAAAAAUGGGGAAGCAGCUGCUCUGCUGCUUCAAGCUUUGGGAUUGGUAGUGAAGAGGAGGAAGAUGAUGAGGAAGCAGAUCAUUUGUUUACCUUCAAGAUGGGGAAGAGGAUGCAACUGGCAGUUACCAUGGAUAAUAAAGCCAAGGGAAAGCGGAUUGUUAGUGAAAAACGGGGCUCAGAGUGUCUGGGGAGCCCAGGGGACAACCCAGACAUCAGUGAGGAAGAGAUGGAUCAGCUGGUAGCUUUCCGCAGAGGAAGAAGAAUGCAGAUUGCUAUUACUAUGGAUAACAAAAGUAAGGUGCAGGAAAAAAGAACGAUGGAGAGGAGGAAGUCAGAGGGUGACAAGCAUUCCGAAAACAUUCUUGGCAGAAAGGAGAGGGGGAAAUCUCCUCAGAAGAGUCCAGGAGACAAGGGCUGUACCUUGCCUAGAAGAGAGAGGUCAGAGUAUGUGCAGUGGAAGAAGGAGCGGGAUCAGAUUGACCUUGAGCGAUUGGCACGUCACAAGAAUGCGAGGGGAGAAUGGCGACGGGCUUGGGACAUAGAAAAAUCAGAGCGUCUGUUUGAAGAUACAAAGGAUGAAGAAAUAGCUUUGGAUUAUGUCCACAGUAAGAAAGGUACAAGAAAUGUCAGGAAGUCCCAGCACCGAUCAUUGCCCUCUGAAGGAAAAAGUGGAAGACCAUACAGAAUGGGCACCAGUGAGUCUGCUUCCAGAACAUUGCCAGUAAUGAGCAGUAACGUCAGAGGAAAGGACCGAUUGACAGGCAGAGCCAGACGAUGGGAUGUCAAAGAAGCUGAAGAACUGCCCUUUGUAAAAGAUGAUUUGGAUAACCAGAGACUCCCUAGAAUAGAACAACUGAAGAAUCAAUCUCUGAUCAGUGAGUCAGUAAAGGAACACAAUUGCACCACAAGAUUAGAUAAGAAUGUUAAGCCACAAGAGGCCCAAGAUAACCACAGUCUUCUCAUGCCACAAGCUCAAAGAUGUGGAAAGAGCCCAUUUGCAGAUGAAGGUCAGGGCUCCAGUGGAAAGACCAGGAAGUGCCUUGCUGAAGAAAUGCUUGCCUUUGGCAUGGAUGGCCCUGAGGCAGAAUCCAAGCUCAGAAAUACAAUUGGGGCUGAUCAGUCCCCCAAAGGCCGCUGUAUGAAUAGCAGCUCUUGCCAGGGGAUGGCCCAGAAUGUAAUGCAGACUUCUGGAUGUGCCAUUAAGGAAAUCAGUUCUGCAGAAAAUGACUUAGCCCAAAAUACACACUUUGAAAAGAACCCUAGUGAGGAGUGUGCAGAAAACCAUAGUGAGCUGCUGUUAAAGGCAGAAGUGGAUGCUGGAAGUGAAGGACUGUCACCAGCCACACAAGCAGAAGGAGAGACCCAAACUCUGGGCCUCAAGAUGCAAAGAAUCUCUGAGAAAGAAAAUGAUACCACUGCCUGCCUUGUACACAGGGAGGAGUUCUGUUCCCUAAAUCAAGAAAUCCCAGACAAAACUAAUGCAUUUGUACAGGAUGGAGCAAAAAUGAGGAACAACAGACAGGACCAAUCUGAGACAUGCAAUAAGGAAGCAAAAAAUUGA